AUGUCUGGUCGCAUCAUCCUCCAGGAGCAACCGCACGUCAUCGGGCAGGUGAAGACGGCACCUUUGCCAGGCUUUGAGGGCAUUGAAGCCCAGCCUUACGACUUCUUCACUCCCCAACCCAUCAAAGGUGCUCGUGCUUACUACCUGCGCAACAUCCUCCACGACUGGCCCGACCACAAGUGCAAAGAAAUCCUACAAAACAUCAGAGCUGGCAUGACCGACGAGUCGGUCCUCUUGAUCGACGAGAUGGUUCUGUCUAAGCGUGAUGCUCCGUGGCAGGCGACACAGCUGGAUAUGGCAAUGAUGACCUGCCUAGCCGCGAAGGAGCGCUCCGAGUUCGAAUGGAGGACGCUGCUUGGCGAUGCAGGCUUUGAGGUUCGGAGUAUACGGCGAUACACCGAGGGAUGUCAGGACUGCGUAUUGGUCGUUGCUCCUGCUCCUGAAUAA